AUGGCAGCUGAACUGGUCAAUGUGAAUGAGUUUCAAGAACUGGCAAGGCAAGCCCUUCCCAAGAUGUACUAUGAUUUCUACAGUGGGGGAGCUGAGGACCAACACACACUGAGGGAAAAUGUGGAAGCAUUUCAUAGAAUCAUCAUUCGACCAAGAAUUCUUGUAGAUGUUAGGAGAAUAGAUAUGUCAACUACAAUAUUGGGGUACCAUACUUCAGCACCCAUCAUGAUUGCUCCAACUGCAAUGCAUAAGUUGGCGCACCCUGAAGGGGAGGUCGCAACAGCCAGAGCAGCAGCUGCUUGUAACACCAUAAUGGCAUUGUCCUUUACGUCUACCUGCACCGUGGAGGAGGUGUACAAAAGACGUGAUAUAUCAGCUCUGAUGGUACAAAGAGCUGAAAAGAAUGGGUUCAAGGCUAUUAUUCUUACUGUUGAUACUCCUAGACUAGGUCGAAGGGAAGCAGACAUCAAGAACAAAAUGAUUGUACCCCGGCUGAAGAAUUUGGAAGGUCUCUUGUUAGCUGAAGUUGUCAGUGAUAAGGGUUCCAAUCUUGAAGCUUUUGCAUCGCAGACUCAAGAUGCUUCCUUGUGUUGGAAGGAUAUAGCAUGGUUAAAAUCCAUUACAAACUUGCCGAUUUUGAUCAAGGGAGUACUCACUCGUGAGGAUGCUAUAAAGUCUCUGGAAGUAGGAGUUGCAGGAAUUGUUGUCUCUAAUCAUGGAGCUCGCCAGCUAGAUUAUGUUCCAGCCAGUAUUACUGCUCUAGAAGAGGUGGUUCUUGCUGUUCAAGGGAAAAUCCCCAUUCUCUUUGAUGGAGGAGUGAGGCGGGGAACAGAUAUCUUCAAGGCCUUGGCUCUUGGCGCACAAGCCAUUCUGAUAGGACGACCCAUUAUCUAUGGGUUGGCAGCAAAGGGAGAAUAUGGAGUCAGGCGAGUCAUUGAAAUGCUGAAGGAUGAGCUUGAGCUCACCAUGGCCCUUUCUGGUUGCUGUACUCUCAAGGAUAUAAGCAGAAGCCAUGUGAGGACAGAGCACGAGAGACGUCAAUGUAGGCUCUAG